UCAGAUUUGUGAUGAAGCAUGGUGGAUGUGUGUGUUUUUUCAUUUGUCGCAGCUUGUAGCCUUGUAGUCUUACCCGAAAAAGAAAUGGAAAUUGCGUUUGACAUCGAUCAGCCUUUGUUCCAUCUGAUUUGAGGAACACUUCGGGAUUAUUUCCAGACAAAUACCCAUCUGGGCGCGUAAUUUGGGAUAAACUGCAUUGCUUGCAUAUAGCUACAAUCGAGCGGCUGCUCCUAACCGAUAUAGAGCGCACAUAUUGUCAUAGAAAUAUAGAACCUGAAGCAAGGCCACCCCGUCCGCUUUCUAAAUAACGGCGAAGGCAUUGUGAAAGAAGGACCUGGACACUAAUGGUUUGCAAUUAAGGUCAGAGUAUGCGAUUUGUAUCACCCAACAUGUCGAUGCUGCGGUAUGAGAGCAGUAAACUAGCCUAGAGAAGGUGAUGGACAAUGUGCUGUCCAGCGGGUACAAUAAGCCAGCGGCGCUCCUGGUCCUGAAUGCAGCGGAGAGAGACACCUAACCGGGUGUCACCAUCAGCCCUGGAUGCUGCGAAGAAAAAUGGGAUACGCCGACCCAUCGUCGGGUAAAGACAUACUCGGCAACAGAUCUCUUUGUUUUAUAUUUAUUUGCGCAUUUGGACUUGUCACUCUAUUGCAGCAGAUACUCUAUGGGAAAAACUACAUUAAGAGUGCGCAACAGUUUAGCCGACUCAAAGGGGACGAGACAGGAAAUUGGACCGGUCCCGUUAAUUUCUCGGAUGAUGGAGCUGUGAAGCCUGCCAGAAAUGGAAGGAAAAGAUGUUUCCGUCAGAAUUUUCAGCCAGAUUCACAGAUCUCCAUAAUAGUCACACCCUGCCUAGCCGAUAUUAAGAAGAAAAAAACACGCUCUCAAAGGUAUCUGGAAAACUAUGAUGGCUCCUUUGGAUACAACUCAACAACAUGUAGGGAGCUCAGACAGGAGAUCAUGGACGUCAAAGUCCUGACAAUAAACUUUAAUCGGAAAAUACAUGGCCAUGGGUAUCCUCCCUUAUUCCACAAGUCUCUCUGCCUGUCUGCCAGGGUGAAAACAUCAGAGCUGUUUGAGAGAUGGCGAAACCUGCAGGUGUGUAGGUGGGAGCAGAACAAGGAGGAGGCCAGUAACUUUAAGAUGUCCCUGUCUCGCUGCUGUAAUGCUCCCUCCUUUCUGUUCACCACUAAGAGGAACACUCCUGCAGGGACCAAGCUGAGGUACGAGGUUGACACCAGUGGUAUCCUCCCCAUCACUACAGAGGUCUUCAAGAUGUUCCCAGAUGAUAUGCCAUAUUCCAAAUCACAGUACAAGAAAUGUGCUGUAAUUGGAAAUGGCGGCAUCAUCAAGAACAGCAAAUGCGGAAAGGAAAUUGACUCAGCUGAUUUUGUGUUUAGGUGCAACAUCCCACCCAUUAAUGAGAAGUACACAGCUGAUGUUGGUACUAAAACAGAUCUGGUGACGAUAAAUCCGAGCAUUAUCACUGAGAGAUUUCAGAAGCUGGAGAAAUGGCGGCGACCGUUUUACGAAGUUCUUCAGAACUACGAGAACUCUUCGGUGGUGCUUCCUGCCUUCUACAACACCCGCAACACAGACGUAUCUUUCAGAGUCAAGUACAUGCUGGACGAUUUCGACUCGCAGAGAGGGGUGUUCUUCUUCCACCCGCAGUACCUGCUCAACGUGCAGCGUUUCUGGGCAGUGCAGGGCGUCCGGGCCAAACGUCUCAGCAGCGGUCUGAUGCUCGUGACCGCCGCCUUGGAGAUGUGCGAGGAAGUCCACCUCUAUGGCUUCUGGGCGUUUCCCAUGAACCCCUCUGGCAUCUUCAUCACUCACCAUUACUAUGACAACGUCAAGCCAAGACCGGGGUUCCACGCGAUGCCUCAUGAAAUUUUUAACUUUAUUCACAUGCAUACUCGUGGGAUCAUCCAUGUACACACAGGGCAAUGCACAUGAUCCCCCACUCCUCUGUUUAAAAAAACAAAAUCAGCAUUAUACAUCAUAGUUUGUUUGUUUUAAAUCUGGUUACCUGUUGUGUUUUCUGUUUCCAGCCAAUGAGAGAGUUUUUUAUUUGCUUUGUCCUUAAAAAGGGAGUUGGCAUACAGAGCGUACACUUCCUAUUCUUACUAAUUUAAUGACACAUUGAAGGUUGCCUGCUUUUAUUGCCAACUUCACUUCUUUUUUCAAUUUGCCAAUCAAAUCCUUCUUUAUUAUCGCCAAAUCUCUUACCACAGGAUGCUUGUUUUUAAUGUGAACAGUGGUCUUCAUUGUGACGUCGUUUCUGUGAAGUUUUCUAGUGGCUCAGCUGUACAGAGGUGUUGUUUUCUACUCAACGUUGCACAGAUAUUUACUCUGAAAUGGGCCGCACUGGAUGACUUUGUGACUCCCUCAUUACCCUUCUCUCUGUAUCUUGGACACUCUGUGGGUGUGGCAGCUUUUAAUGUUUCUGUAAAACCAAACCUUGAUAUUAAGGUAAUACUAAAGAAGAAGAAAAUUUAACAUCCAAUUGUCUACUUUUGUAAUCUAUUUCUUAUUCACCAGAGUCACUGGGUGAAUAUUUUAAAAAUACUCAUGAAAUGGCCUGUUUUUAGUGGCCCUCUUCCUGCUCCUUUUAAGAAAUGCCCCUCCAAUAUUUCUAGGGAAAAAACUGAGUGCGAAAAGAGAUGAGACGAGACAAAGGCCAGAAAAAAACAUUUUACAAUUAAGGCAUCUCAGCAAACGCUUUCCCUUUCUAGGCCGCCCAAGUUGUACAGCAACAUAUAGCAAUGUUUAGCGACCCAGACUCUCUUUGUCAUUCAUGUCUUAAACCAUGCUGCCUUAUGAGAUAACAAUCCCCUCUACAUGAUAUGCAAAACGCCCAUAAGUUUUGCGAACCUACAAUACAUUAUGUUAUAAACUAAAUCUUAGUUUGUCUCUUGAAUCAAAGGACAUUUAAGACUGUAAGGAAUAGGAAUUUAUGUGCGGUUCUCAGCCUAUACUCUACUGGAUUAGUGAAGUCUUACUGUAAAGUCCAUUCAUAAACAUGUAAUGCUCUGCAUGACUUUACUCUAUACUUGGCUUUGUGUGUGCCUGCUUCAAUGAUCACUGAAAUAUGUUUACACUUAAGCCUCCACGGAAGUUCACAGUGCUUAUGGAGAUGCAUACACUGACUUUUUCACAGAAAGAUGACUGCAUUGAGGUACAUUUUGUAUUGGAUGCAUGAUUAAAGAUGCAAGAAUGGUUGCUGCCCUAUUUUCGAAUUGUUACAACAUCUUUAGUACUAUACUGAAUUGUUUCACCUCCAUCUUUGAACUGUGAAUUUUUAGUUUGCAUUCAUGCACUGGAAAGCUGUGUGAGUUUUUAUUGUUUAUUUUGUUGCACACUGCAAAAGAGACUAUAAAGUAGGCCAUUAUUUUUUUGUCAUUCUUGGCUUCAUGCUCCCCUGCCAUGUUUGUUAUUCCCUCAGUAUUUGAAGAACAUCAUUGCCCAUAAAAUGUUCCCCCUUUCUUUUCCUAAACUCUUUGUGUGUUAAUGCACAAAAGAUAUGAGUUCAACAAUUUUAAAUACCAAAUAUAUUUUGGCUUGACCACUUAAUAGUUGUACAGACACAAGUGAAUUUAAAAUGGACUAUGAAGGGGAAAAGUCUGUGGACUGAAUGGAGGUAAUAUAACACAAUGCUUCUUAACUGACUUGGUCAUUCUUUAUUGUCUUUGUAAAUAAACUUGUUAAGAUUUUCUCACUUAAA